AUGUGCAGUGCAGACUUUACGGGAAAGACACUUGCAUUAGAUGCCCAAGAAACCUACGAGUAUCAACUGACGACUGGUCUCGAGACGAUGUCGGUUGCUCCAAUCACUUCCAGCGAUACCCCGCCGUCUCCAUAUGUUAUUUGUAGUGUGCUAACGCCUGACGACGAGGAAAAUCCCGAUUUGCGCGUCAAUGUAAGCGGUGGAGGUGGUUCGCCUGUGACUAAAUUUCUUGCAGAGUGGAUCGAUAUCUUGCACCAUUGCCCAGAUUUAAACAAUCAAGACAGCGUCAGAUUCUACACAUCUGCAUUGAGCGCUCCCACUUCACAAGAUACGAUGACACAAAAAUUGAAAAAUUUACCAAACGUGGGCAACGUGACAGUGACACGCGAUGGCUGUACGAUCAAGAAUCAAGGCACGCGGAUCGUCACGUUUUUAAGUGAGCUCGGCGUCAUGCCAACAUUGACGUACACUAGUCGCCUAUAUGCCGUAGGCGGCAAAGUAACUCUUCAUGCGACCGCAGGGGGUUCAAAUGGGAGGUCUAAACGGAGCCGCAGAUUGUCCCUCAACUGUCAACAACAUAUUAGUCAGUGGAAGAACGAAUUGUGA